AUGGGGAACAAGACACCGGAGCUGUACUACGAGAUCCUGCACGUCGCCAGGGACGCCUCCCCGCAGGGGGUCAGGGCGGCGUACAGGAGCCUGGUCCGCCAAUGGCACCCCGACAAGCACCCGCCGGAGUCCAGGCCAGAGGCGGAGGCCCGGUUCAAGGCCAUCACCGAGGCCUACGAGGCGCUGCUGGACCAGCAGGAGAACAGGGCGGCGUUCGCCGCGCGCGACGGCGGGAGGAGCGGGCCCGCUGACAAGGACGACCGUGGCGGCGGCGGUGAGGACGACGCCGCCACCGCGGUGUCAGGCAGCAGGGCGGCACGGAGCGAGAAGGCCGGCGGCGCGCCCGCCUGCACGCCGGCGCGGGAGGAGCCGGUCGUCAAGAAGGUGUACAGCGCCUGCAGCAACGUCGGCGGCGGCGGCCGGGGCCGGCGCGCGUUCGCUGAGUUCUCCAGCUACGUGGUGCGCAAGGCGCCGCCGCUGGAGCGCAGGGUGGAGUGCACCCUCGAGGAGCUCUGCACCGGGUGCAACAAGGAGGUCAGGUACACCCGCGACGUCGUCACCAAGAACGGACUGAUCACCAAGAAGGAGGUCACACAAACCGUCCGGGUGAAGCCCGGGAUGAGGAAAGGCGCGACGGUGACGUUGGAGGGCGCGGGCGACGAGCGGCCGGGCUGCCUGACCGGCGACGCCGCGUUCGUCAUCUCCGAGAAGAGGCACAGGCGGUUCAAGCGGCUCGGCGACGACCUGGUGCUCAGGGCCCGGGUGCCGCUGGUCAGCGCGCUCACCGGGUGGCAGCUCUCGUUCAGGCUCCUCGGCGGCGACAGGUUCAGGUACGCGUUCCGGGACGAGGUCAUCUGCCCCGGGUACGUGAAGGUCGUCAAGGGCCGCGGCAUGCCCGUCGCCGGCGGGGACAGAGGCGCGCACGGGGACCUCAUGGUGAAGUUUGACGUCGUGUUCCCUGAGAACCUCACGGACGAGCAGCGGAAGGGGCUCGCCGAGAUCCUGAGAGGCUGCGAAUGA